AUGAUGUCUGUGAUUAUCGUCAUCAAUAUGACGUUUGCCGAUCUGCUCAUGUGUUUGUGCUACAUGCUUACCAGGCCAUAUCUGAACUUUUUUCCAAAGGUUCUAUGUCAUCCUUAUUACGUCACAAUAUGGACUAUACAACUUGUCAGCUGCCUUAAUUUAGUUUGGCUGAAUGUUGAUAAACUAAUAUUUAUUCAAUUUCCACUCCACUACUAUUCAAUCAUCAACCGAAGGAAAGUGUUCAUUGUAUCCGUGGUCACUUGGAUCGUGCUCGGAUACAUCGCAUUCGCUGUCAACGCGUUUAUGACUAUUUCGGGAGGUUGCGAUCGAGUCAUCAUCAAUCCUUACAUUUAUAUGCCUAUUUGUGUGCUAUAUGUCGUCAUGAUUCUCACUUCGUUUAUUAUUUCCGCGAUUAUUUAUUUCAUCGCUCACACAUCCACGAGGUCCGAGACACGACAAAGAACGAAACUCUUCCAUCGUCUCUUUUUCUUGUUUUCGAGUACAUUAUGGACAUUCUUCACGUGCCUGCCCUAUCGAAUUCUUUACUUAUUGAAUUUUUUGUGUGCUCCAUGCCGAUCAGAAAUGGUACAUCAACUGACGGACGCUUUCUUCCGUAUCUUGGUUGUAGGAAUGGUGAUCAAUCCAUUGAUCACGAUUUGGACGCAGCGUAUUUAUCGAAUGCAUCUGCUAAAGUUCUUUAAUAAAUGGCAGGAUACCAGAGAGGAUACGGAAGUCAGCACAAGGCGGCAUUCCACGAAAUGGAAUAUGGUGGAAUCAACACCGUUAACAACUGCUUUGUGA